CCUGAUUAAGCGUCUACGUUCAUAGUGUACAACUUCUACGCGCAAACAAAAUGAGGUCCUUUAUUUCAACAGUGACAUUGUUUUGCGUGGUAAUAAUACCCUGCACGGAAGCCAUGCAUGGACUAUACAAUUUCGGCCACCAUGAGUUAUUCUACAAGAAGAAUAACUGCAAGGCGAUUCCGGCGAACCUCCUCCUGUGCCACGAUAUAGAGUACACGGAGAUGCGCCUCCCGAACCUGCUCGGACACGAAACCAUGAAUGAAGUUCUGCAGCAAGCUUCGUCUUGGAUCCCGCUGGUCCAGAAGCAAUGUCACCCGGACACGAGGAAGUUCCUCUGCUCCCUUUUCGCCCCCGUCUGUCUGGACGACCUGGACGAGCCCAUACAGCCCUGCAGGUCUCUGUGCGAAAGCGUCAAGCACGGCUGCGCGCCCGUGAUGUCCGCGUUUGGCUUCCCCUGGCCAAAGAUGUUGGACUGCGACCGUUUCCCACUAGACAAUGACCUGUGCAUACCACCUGCCGGCGCUGACAACUUUGUGCCGGUCACAAAAGAAGUGCCCCGAGUGUGCGAUGCUUGCAAGGAGACAGACGAAAACGACAACGAAAUUGUUGACAACCUGUGUAAGAAUGACUUUGCUCUUAAGAUCAAAGUCAAGGAGAUCUCCUACAUCAACGGAGACACCAAGAUAGUGCCGGAGACCAAGAGCAAGACCAUCUACAAGCUGAACGGCGUGACGGAGCAUGACCUGAGGAAGACGGUGCUGUGGCUGAAGGACGGCCUGCAGUGCAUCUGUGAGGAGAUGAACGACAUCAACGCUGCCUACCUGGUCAUGGGCCAGAAGAUGGACGGCCAUCUGGUCAUAACCUCGCUGAAGCGAUGGCAGAAGGGACAGCGUGAGUUUAAGAGGAUUUCUCGCAGCAUCCGCAAGCUGCAGUGCUAG